GUUCCUGCUGGAAUUGUUGAGGUAGUUGUUGAAGUGAAGGUAAUUGUAUUUGUUGUUGAUUUUCUUCUUAAGAAAAAAUUCAUUAGCCAAGUUUUUUCUUUUGUGGGUGACGAGAAGAUGAAGAUGUUUGAUAAAGUUCAAUAA